AUGCAGUUAAUUUUCCAACUCAUACAAAUGCUGCUUAGCUUCAGUUUACUGCAAGCGGCAAUUUUGCCACUUACCCUCAACAAAGACAAUGAGGCAACAAGAAACUUGCUUUCGGAUUUGGAUAAAAUGAAUUAUUUGGAAUUGAAACCGAAUGGAAGCUUAAUCCUGAGACGUAAACCCAAUCAGAAUGGUAGCAAUUUGGAGAAUCUUCUUCUGUUACGCGGUGUACUACAAGCCCUUAAGUUGCCAUCAAUUGACGGAGUGGUAGAUAUCGAGGCAACGAAACAAAACAUAAAAAUGUAUGGCGACGGUGUGGAACAUAAGUUUCCACCACUAGUGGAGAAUAUUAUUCAACGUAUACAAACCUAUUUCUCGAUUUAUCGUUAUAAGGAUACAAGUCGGCCCAUACGCAAAGAUGAAAUAAUCCUCCAGCCUCUAGCUCAGCCGCAGGGACAGGAAAUUCCCGAAGAAGUGAUUACAACCACCGACACUACCACCACCACGACGGUUAAGGCAGAAGACGUAACCCUUGAUGACAAGGAUGCUUACAUUACAGUUGGUGAGAGUGGUGAAUAA